AUGUCUAGGAGACAAAGACUACUUGAACUAGCCAAAAAUACAAGAGAGAAUUAUGUUUCAAAAAUAUCAACAUCAGUAGGUUCUAUAGCCUCAAAUGCAUCAAGAGUAUUCAUAGCUAAUCCAGAAAAAUAUGAUGAAGAUGGAAACAUUAUACUACCUAAAGAUACUACGAUUCAAUUAUAUCCAACAUAUACAAGACGACAAAGAGAUAAAUAUUUAGUUGACGUUUCUGGUUUAGUAUUUGCACCAGGGAUAGCUAAUAGGAGAAAUCGAUUUAUUAUUGCAGCUUUUAAAAGAGCUAUCGAUAAAGAAGUAGCUGAUCAAGAUUUAGUCGAAUUGGAAACUGAUAAACAUUUCAAUCAAGAAACUUUUGAUGCAAGUAAUCCACAAGGUUCUGAUACUGAAUCCAUAUCGUCAAGUGAAUCAAAUGUGUCUACAACUUAUUCGAAUAAUAACAACAACAAUUCACCAAUAAUUCAAGAUAGAAUAAGAGAAAGAUUAGCAGGGUUUUUAGCAAAAUCAGUAGCCAAUGCCCAUCUUAUAAUAACUAUUGGAGCAGCUAAUAAUUUUGAAAGAAAUUUAACAGAACAAGAAAUAUUCACUGAUAAAAAUGGAAAUUUUGAUACUACAAUUGAAGUCAAUUAUGAACCGUCAAUUAUUGUUGCUAAAUCAGUUAUAGACGAUACUAUUUUUAAAAUUAGCGAAGUCAUGUUCAUCCCAAAUAAAGGUGUUGGUAUAAUUAGUGAUAUUGAUGAUACCAUUAAACAUACUGGUGUUGUAGGUAGCAGAAAAAUUCUAAUGAGAAAUCUAUUAACUGGUACAUUUGAUAGCUGGACUAUCAAGAAUAUCAUAAAUUGGUAUAAAGAUAUAUAUUCAAAAAGUGGGGUUAAUUUUUUCUAUGUAAGUAAUUCACCUUGGCAAUUGUAUGAUUGUAUAUAUGAGUAUAUGAAUAAAGUCCAAUUACCUAUUGGAUCAAUUCAUUUAAAAAAAUAUUUGGGUAAUAUAAUGUCCAUCAUUUUAGAACCAUCAUUAUCAAGAAAAAGAAAAAUCUUAGAUAAGAUAUUGACUGACUUUCCUGAAAAAAAAUUUGUAUGCAUUGGUGAUUCUGGAGAAGUUGAUUUGGAAGCGUACACUUAUAUAGCAGCUAAAUAUACUAAUCAAGUUUCAGCUAUUUAUAUUAGAAUAGUGGGUCCUUUAUCAGAAUUUGAUGAUUCCCAAAUACUAGAUCAACUCGUGUAUUUGGUAAACACAAGAAAUAAUCGAAAGCCCAUACCAGAGAAAGAGGAGGAUCAACAAGAUCAAAAAAUAGAUGAAGAAGAAGUUAAUGAUUUAAUCGAUUUGUCAGAUUCACCACCACCCAUAAAAUAUGCUCCCGUUAAACCAAUAAAGCCAUCAAAAUUAAAAAGUUUUAAGGUAAACAAUUCCCCACUAACCCUACAUAACUCAACGCCAAUUGACAAAGAAAAAAUAUCUACAACACCAACAUCAUCGAAUAUAGCAUCUGACGGAAGUCCAAUUACAGAAGAAUCAAUAUCGACUCCUCCAUUACCUCCAAGAAGAAGAAAAACAAUGGAUGAAGAAGAUUUAAAUCUUUUGAGUAUACUUGAUACUCAAAAUUUUAAAGAUUUAGAAAUCUAUGAUAACAAGGGAUCAAAAUGGAUUAGAAGGAUAAUAGAAGCAUUAAUUUUAUUAAAAGAUACUAAUACAGUUAUAGAAUUUUUCAUGGAUGAUGAUUUUGAAUUUUUUGAAAAAAGUAGUAAAUUUAUAGAUGAUAUACAGAAUUAG